GAGUGACGGCCGCGGGAGCGGCUAGAGAGGCGGAGCUUCGACUCGUUUUUAGGGCAGGAAGGAUCGUUUUUAUUUGCCACAGCACCCCACAAAACUUCCACUCUUCAGAGACGGGAUUGAGUUUUUAGGACAACCGAAAGGGAUUAUUGGAGAUUUCUGCCCGACCAGACGACACUUGGACGACAAAAGUGACGGUUUUGUCUUUACAUAACACGCUUUCCCGGUAUUGGCGACGCGGAGCGUUUGGUCCUGCCACCUUCCAGGUCACAGGCCGGUUCAUUUUUCCGUCAUUCGUUUCUUUAUUAGCUAUAGAGGGACAAACCAGAAGUCAGAGUGGUGAAAAUCCCGCAUUUCUCCAUGAAAUUGUCAUCGUUUAGGAAAACAAGUUAUACAACAAACCAGGCUGCCGCACUUCAGACCGCCAGGUCCUAACGCCCGCCGUGUUCCACGUUGGCUCCUGCCCAGAUGCUUCACCAACCAACGAGUUCUGCACUUUCCGACAUUAUGGAAACAAUUCUGUUAGAGCAAGGAUAAUUUAAAAAUCGGAAUCGACUGAGGUUCUUAGGACUUUUCCCCCUUCUCAUAUAUUUGGAUUUUCCCGUGGCCUUGGACGCGAUUCGCUGUAAUAACGCAGGAAUCCGCCGGUUAUUAUUGGAAUUCACGUCAGCCGAGCAGGAUCCUCCCGACCUCAUUCAGGAAGGCAUAAAGGACUUUUCGGUUUGAGUAAUGGUCAUUAAUACGAUCCACUGGUUCAGGAAGGGCUUGCGGCUCCACGACAAUCCGUCGCUGAAGGAAUCUCUGCUGGGAGCGGACACCGUCCGCUGCGUCUACAUCCUCGACCCCUGGUUCGCGGGAUCUUCCAACGUUGGGAUCAACAGGUGGAGGUUCUUACUUCAGAGUCUGGAGGACUUGGAUGCCAGCCUCCGUAAGCUCAACUCUCGUCUCUUUGUGAUCCGAGGCCAACCCACCGAUGUCUUUCCCAGACUUUUCAAGGAAUGGAAGAUCGCUCGCCUGUCUUACGAGUACGACUCUGAGCCCUUUGGAAAGGAGCGCGAUGCUGCCAUUAAGAAGCUGGCCUCUGAGGCCGGAGUGGAGGUGACAGUCCGGGUGUCCCAUACGCUCUACGAUCUGGACCAGAUCAUAGAGCUGAAUGGCGGUCAGUCUCCUCUCACCUACAAGCGGUUCCAGACCCUCAUCAGCCGCAUGGAUCCAGUGGAGAUGCCAGUGGAGUCCAUCACAGCCGAGGUCAUGGGCAAAUGCACCACGCCUCUGUCUGACGACCACGACGAAAAGUUUGGAGUCCCCUCCCUGGAGGAACUGGGCUUUGAUACUGAAGGCCUGUCGUCAGCCGUGUGGCCCGGAGGAGAGACGGAGGCUCUGACGCGCCUGGAGAGGCAUCUGGAGAGGAAGGCGUGGGUGGCCAACUUUGAGCGUCCCAGAAUGAACGCCAACUCGCUGCUGGCCAGCCCGACCGGCCUCAGCCCCUACCUGCGCUUCGGCUGCCUGUCCUGCCGCCUCUUUUACUUCAAACUCACCGACCUCUACAGGAAGGUGAAGAAGAACAGCUCCCCCCCUCUUUCGCUGUACGGACAGCUGCUGUGGCGUGAAUUCUUUUACACCGCCGCCACCAACAACCCCUGCUUCGACAAGAUGGAGAGCAACCCCAUCUGCGUCCAGAUGCCCUGGGACCGGAACCCAGAGGCGCUGGCCAAAUGGGCGGAGGGCCGCACCGGUUUCCCGUGGAUCGACGCCAUCAUGACUCAGCUGAGGCAGGAGGGCUGGAUCCACCACCUGGCCCGGCACGCCGUGGCCUGUUUCCUGACGAGAGGGGACCUGUGGAUCAGCUGGGAGGAGGGCAUGAAGGUGUUUGAGGAGCUGCUGCUGGACGCAGACUGGAGCGUCAACGCCGGCAGCUGGAUGUGGCUCUCCUGCAGCUCCUUCUUCCAGCAGUUCUUCCACUGCUACUGCCCGGUGGGCUUUGGCCGACGCACCGACCCCAACGGAGACUACAUACGACGCUACCUGCCCAUUCUGAGGGGAUUUCCAGCGAAGUACAUAUAUGACCCGUGGAACGCUCCAGACAGCGUGCAGAAGGCGGCCAAGUGCAUCAUCGGCGUUCAUUACCCGAAGCCCAUGGUGAACCACGCAGAAGCCAGCCGCAUCAACAUCGAGCGGAUGAAGCAGAUCUACCAGCAGCUGUCCUGCUACCGAGGCCUCGGACUUCUGGCUAUGGUUCCGUCCAACUCACACGGAAGUGGAAACAACGAGGCGUCCUCCGAUGCGUUCGCCAUGGAGGCUUCCCGCGAGUCUGCCGCUGCUUCUGCCUACCAGACUCAAGGCGAUUGGCAGAGUGGUGUAAUGAUGUACCUGCAGGGCGAUCCACAAACCAGUGCGGCCUCGCAGCAGCAGCAGCAGCAGCAGCAGCAGCAGGGUUUCAGCAGCAGAAUGAUGUGCUACACUCAAAGCAGCCAGCAGGUUCCCGCCUCUGCACACCAGAAAGGCUCUGAGCAUCACUCAAACACUCAGACGAGCGGCAAACGGCACAGCGAGGACACCGGGGGCGGCAGGGGCUCCAAAGUCCAGAAACAGAGCAACCGCUAGAGGACCACAGAUCCAGUCAAUCAUAUCACCGCCAGAACAAAGAGGACACUAAGACUUCAACAUUUUGCAUGAUCACACCUUCUGGAGCGAGCAGCUAAACUGUUUAUUUGACAUGUCACAUCUCUCCAGUCGGACUGGAUUCCACAGCAAAAGCCCAAAUUUGACAAGACUGUUUCGGAGAAACACUUCUGGGAAAAUCGUCCUUUGUACAUAACGACUUUGCUAAUUGCAGCUCACAUACAAGCUUGUACAUAUUUGGAUAUUGUAUGUGUCUUUUUCUCUCUUUGUGUAGACCCAUUGAUAUAUUUUUGAUAUAAAAAAAAUCACUGCAGACAGAUCUUUUGGAAAAAAACUUUAAGCAAACUGUUCCUUUCCAUAAUUGAAAAACUAUGAGAUCUUUAGCCUCUGCUGCCGCCGCGUCCAGGCGCCCAGUGUACAUACCAACCACGCGUGUCGUCCCCCCCGUCUCCGUGCUCGUGGACGUCGUCUUCAUUCCAUCUGUAGGCCUGUGACACUAACCCUCAUGCUGUAGUCCAUAGUCGUUGAGAAAAAGUGAGAGGAAUUCAGGGCUUUUGUGGUUUCAUCCCCAAUAAAUGAAUAAAUAAAUGUACCACCAAAGACUGCUGCCCCUCUGGCGUCACUCCUGUGCUAGUUUCAAUAAAACUGGGUUAAACACCAAAA